CAUCCCAUAGUUCCUAACACAGCUCCGCCCAUCAGCUAGAAUGUUCCCAAACAGCUGUGCAGAGACUCUCAAUUGUACAGUAACCGCAGCUGUCAGAUAAGUGCAGUAGAAAGUACAACAUGUAGUAAUGGAAGUACUCAGAGUUGAGUAAAAGUAUGAAGUGUUGGACACGUUGGAGACAGAGACGGUGAUGCUGUCAGUGAGGAGGAGCUCCAUCUGUUCUGGGUCAGAGUGCAGCAGGGAGCGGCUGUGGGUUAAUCUUUCACAUCUACAAUAUAAAGUCAUAUACAGUUUGAAGUGAGGGCUGCAGCUUCACACUGCUUCAUCACACUGACACAGAGGACUGAUGAAGAAGCAGAGGAUUUACUCCUGAUGGAGCACAGGGUCAGAUCAGCAGGAAGCUCUUCUUCUACACAGACCUGGUCCUCACAGCUGAUGGACUUCAUGAGCAGAAACUGAGUGGCUGCAGGUGAUCAGCAACAUGAAAAGACACACGGACAGGAGCCUCCGUUAACCGGCAAUUGGUGAAGGCGGUUGUUCGGGCCCUGGGAGAAGGUUACCGGUGUUUCUCUCUCGGAUUGUGGAGUAAAAGUGAGAGCGUUCUGAAUGGAGCUAACUGUGAGCUAACAGGCUAACAACAUGGAGAAGGUUUACUGAACUUUGACAACACUUUGACUCGGUGACAUCAACAGAGGACAUCAUGGAGUCGCUGCUGGACUUUGAGGAGUGUGUGAAAGACUCACCUGAGUUCAGAUUGAAGCUCGAGCUGUUCGAGGCGGAUGUUAAUGUGCUCGAGACACACCUAGACAAGGUGAUGAAGCUGUGCGGCAAGAUGGUGGAGGCGGGACAAGUGUACAACGCAGCCAAUCAGCUGUUCCUCUCCGGCCUGGCGGAACUCUCCAUGUUCCACCAGAAGGACAGCGUCAUCAACAACUGUCUGAAUCAGUUUAACCAGGGCCUGCAGGAAAUGAUCAGCUUCCACACUAUUUUGUUCGAUCAGACUCAGCGAGCCAUCAGCCAGCAGCUGACCAACCUCUGCACACAGUUCCUCCCCCAGCUGCUGGACACCAGGCGGGAGUUUCUGCGGAUCGGGGGGGACUUGGACUCGGCGGCGCUGAAGAACUCUCAGGUGUCUCGCCACAGAGCGCCGGACGCCGAGCGAGCCAGUCACCUGCUGCUCGCCACCAGGAAGUGCUACCAACACUUUGCCCUCGACUACUGUCUGCAGCUCAACACCUUCAAGACUCAGCAGAGAUUGGACGUCUUGAACUCGGUGUUCUCCUUCGUCCACGCUCAGUUCACCUUCUUCCAUCAGGGUUUCGACCUCCUGCGGGACCUGGAGCCCACCAUGAAGACCAUGGCAGCCCAGUUAUCACAGCUGUCUGCAGACUGCACUGCUAAAAGGAAAGAGCUGGAGAACACACACCUGCUGGUGCAGCAGAGGGAUGCUUCAGGGGAGCCGUUGGUCGUCCCGUGUCCUGGCAGCGAGAACACCAUCCAGGGUUACCUCUUCAAACGCUCCCGCAGGAAAACCAAGACCUGGAAGAGAUGCUGGUUUUCCAUCAGAGACAACCAGCUGAUUUACAGAAAGUCUCACAAGGAGGCGGCCGUGGUUCUGUUUGAGGAUCUGCGACUAUGCGCCGUUAAACCUCUGGAAAACAUUGAGCGGCGUUUCUGCCUCGAGCUUCUCUCCGUGCAGAAGUGCUGUGCUCUGCAGGCCGACUCUGAGGAGGUGAAGCAGUCGUGGCUCGGUGCUGUGCAGGCCAGCAUCGACCUCGCCUACAGACAGAGAACAGACACUCAGCCUAAGGAGUCGCCUCCUCUCCAGAGUGGGGGAGACUCCUCCCCCGGGCCCCCCCCUCAGAGACAGACGGUGCUGGGCCUGGCCCUCCGGGGCCCCGGGAACCUGCGCUGCUGCGACUGUGGGGAGGAGGAGCCUCGCUGGGCCUCCAUCAACCUGGGAGUCACCGUGUGCAUCCAGUGCUCCGGGAUCCACCGGAGUCUGGGAGUCCACCUGUCCAAGGUGAGGUCUCUCACUCUGGACUCCUGGGAGGCAGAACAGCUGAAGCUGCUGUGUGUUCUGGGUAAUAACGUCGUGAACAGGAUCUACGAGGCUCGUUGUUUGGAGGAAGGUCGAGUCAAACCCAGAGCCGACAGCCCGAGGUCAGAGAAAGAGACGUGGAUCAAAGAGAAGUAUGUGGAGAAGAGAUUUGUGCAGAGCAGCUCCGAUGGAGCCGGUCCCGGUAAGGCAGAGGCCGGACGUCGUCUGUACAGGGCGGCGAUGGCGGGGGAUCUGGUUGCAAUGGCAGCGGCGUUGGCCGAGGGGUCGGAGGUCAACGGGAGCAUCGGCGAGGAGGGAGGGGGGCGAACGCCUCUGAUAGGCGCCGCUAUCGGGGGGUCUCUGCUGGCCUGUGAGUUCCUGCUGCUUAACGGAGCAAACGUCAACCACCGAGACCUCCGAGGACAGGGAGCGCUCCACGCUGCUGCCACCGCGGGACACACCGGUCAGGUGUGUCUGCUUCUGAAGAGAGGAGCCAAUCAGUACGCAGUAGACGAGAGGGGGCAGGACCCAUUGGCCAUCGCCGUGGAAACAGCCAACGCUGACAUCGUCACGCUACUCCGGAUGGCCAGGAUGAACGAAGAGAUGAGAGACUCAGAGGGAGUGUUUGGAGCUAUUCGAGACGACGAGACGUUUCAGGAUAUUUUCCGGGACUUCAGCGACAUGGCGUCCCACGACCCCGAGAGACUCAGCAGACGGAAGUUCAGCCGCGAGGGACAGGAGGAGGAAGAAGAGGAAAAGCAGGAGAAGAGAGGAAGAGGACGAGGAGGAGAAACGGUGAACAGUGUUAAAAAGACGACACAAUGACAGAAAGUUGAAGCCCGUUGGACUGCAGACCCGGAAACAGAGGCUGGUUAAGAGACGAUAUUCAUAUUAACGUUUAGAAAAGUUGACUGACGGCUACUCGUUAAAAACGUGCAGAAACAUAUAGAUGGAAAUACUGUGUAGUGUAUUCUUUAUAAUAUCAGUUACAUGUGGUUGGUCACCUGGGUUUGUCAGGUGAGACAUUCAUUUCAAUACCUGCAUUAUCUGUUACUCCUUAGCUUUAACAGCCUUCACUAAGGUCAUGUUUCCAUUCAGAUUUCAAGCGAUCUUGAAGAUUUUGCAAGAAAGAAAAGCAAAUUAAGCGCGCGUCCAUCCACUUGCAUGGAGCAAACAAACGGGGUUACAGAGUUCCAUAAGAAGGUUUCGCUGUAAUCAAUACUUUGAACGAGCGUUUCACAGGCGGACCAUCCGGAGAAAAUGUACUUUGUUCGUGAGCAGACUUAGUUAACAGGCGCCCUGCUAAUUUGUAAUCGAAGUGCUAAAGAUGUUCGUUAGCUGUCUAAAGGAAAAAGGCUGUUUGGUUGUUCCAUCUGUCGUCAAAUCCCAGCUGCUUCGACUGAUUUGGGCAAACUGUGUGUAAGAUGUCAUCGAGACACAACCGUUCAAAUCUUCAAUUUGGUCAUCCGACAGAAACACGCAGAUCAUCUCAGUUUGAUAAAUAUGUAAUCUGAGAUUCUCCUUUUUGGUUUUGCCUCUUGUAAAGGCAUUUGUGUACGGAACCACUUUAUUUUAUUCUGAUUCACCACUGAGUUGGAAAAGUGUGUAUCAUGAGGCGUCUGAAGAGGCUUGUGGAACAAAGGAAGGACGCCAAUAAUAUUCCAAAGUAUUUGAUGGAUCGGGCUUUAAAGAGGCCCCCUGGGGUGUCCCUGUCCUGUAGUUCUUAGUGCAUGUUAAUGGUCUGCAAAGGCUCAAAAUCCCUGUGUUCCCUCCAUUGGACUCUUUUUUAAAAUUCCUCUUUGACGCUCGCGCUCCUAUUGGCUAGCCCACCAACACAUGAUAGGCUAAGGGGCGGGACUUCUCUAAUCUGUUGACCAAUCACAACAGAGCCGGCCAGCUAACCAAUCAGAGCAGACUGGGAACAUCUUGAUACAUUUCAGUUUAUGUGCUAGGUAACCAUAACUCACAUGUACGUGACGCCCUAACCCAUAAUAACUUCAUGCUAAGCUAGGCUAACGCGUGCUGACUCUAAGAAAGCAUAUUUCCUAAGUCUUUUGAAUAGAGUUACUGAAAGCUCUCACAGCUGUUUGUCUUACUGAUGUUUCAAAUGUGAAUAACUCAGGUCAGUGAGAGCCGCUUCUGUCUGUGUUGGAUCAGCACAUCUCCUCUGGAAGCUCUUAUUCAGUCUGAGGUCGAAGCUCAUCACUAAGAGGCUCUGCUGUUUGGCCCUCUAAGGACGUCACAGUUAUUGUUUAUUGAGUUUUAGUUCAUGUGUUUCUCCCUGUGUUCAGAAAGGGGUUUCAUGUGUGGCUUCUGCAGAGCUACCUUAAUGUUUCUCAUGGAUUUUAGACGCUAUCAGUGUGUUUUACAUCUACAGAGUGUAAUUGCGGGACUCCGUUUCCACCAGCAGUGUCUCAAAAUACUGAUUUGGUAAAAAAUAAAUGUAAUAUCUCAAAAUGAUGUCAAAAUAACCACUAAAAAUGUCCAAAUGUUGUCUUGAAUUUGUAUUUAAACGUUAUCAUCAGAUAUCAAUUGUUUAUGGAAGAAGGUUUGUCAUAAGGACCUUUCUCCAAACUAAAUGGGCUUAAAAACCCUUUCUCUGACUGAAAAAUGUUCUUAUGUCUGUAUUCUACAGAAGACUGAAGAGGACCGACUCACCGUGCAGCAGAGUCGGUCCCACUGCUGUUAAAUAACCUCAUUCAUAAUGAAACGUCUUCAUUAACGAUGUUAUUCUUGAAUCCUCAGACUUAUUCAAACAUGCAGGAGGAAACGUGUGGGUCUUGUUUUUAUUCCUGACUGUUACUAAUGUGAUGCUUAAUAAAACCUUUAAUACGUC